CCGUGAAGGAGAUGGGGAGGGGGGCUGUGUUAAUUUACGGCAGCAGAUCACUCGCCGCGCUGCUCUAUCGGCGAACUCGCACGAGCGCGCGCAUGAGGAGCGCGCUGUCAACAACAACAACAAUAACAGCAACAUUGCGACUUGCUCGUCCCAAUAACCGCGGUGACAAGAGAAGUGAUUUAUCAACGAAGCGUCUUGUAUGUGUGGCAAUAACAUGUCAGCGCCGCUCCCUGCCGUCGUACCGGCGACCAGGAGAGCCACCGCCUCGGUGAUUUUUCUCCAUGGCCUUGGAGACACAGGCCACGGCUGGGCGGAGGUGCUGUCCGAAUUCAAGUCGCCGCACAUCAAAUACGUCUGCCCACACGCACCUCUCAUGCCGGUCACGCUCAACCUGCGACAGAUGAUGCCGUCUUGGUUCGACAUCAUCGGCCUGAGCCCUGACGCAUCGGAGGACGAGGAUGGGAUCAAGAGAGCGGCCGAGACCGUUCGGGGUCUGAUAGAACAGGAGAUUAAAGCUGGGAUCCCGUCUCACCGCAUCGUACUGGCCGGAUUCUCACAGGGCGGCGCUCUGUCUCUCUACACGGCGCUCACGAGUCGGCACAAACUGGGCGGGGUGGUGGCUCUGAGCUGCUGGCUGCCCCUCCGAGACUCGUUCACACAGUCGGACGGGACGCACGCCGGCGUGCCGGUGCUGCAGUGCCACGGCGAGGCGGACGUUCUGGUGCCACCGCUCUUCGGGCAGCUCACGGCCGACAAGCUGCGCUCUCUCCUGGGCCCCGACGCCGUCACCUUCAAGACGUACCGUGGCCUGGGACACUCGUCCACGCAGGAGGAGAUGAUUGACGUCAAAAAAUUCCUCGAAACGCAAGUCCCCGACAGCAACUAGGAGCGGCCAACUUUUGUUUGGGAGUGGACACUGUUGUUAUUAUUAUUACUGUUAUAAUUAUAAUCGUCGUUAUUGAUAUUUGUUUUCACAAGCCUGAAAGGCAAAACGAAACGAGAGGGCUUCACAUAUUCCAGCCUAAAAAAAAUAUAUACAUUAAAUAAAAAAUCUACGAUAGAAUUUGACGAGAAAAUAUUUAUAAGCGACGUCACAUUCCUGCAGUCAAGACAUGACCGCGCAGUUUGUUUCCCAGGGCUUCGUUUUAUCCGGAGCUAUCCCGGGGACCGGACCUCCUGAAGAUAUAUCCCACGCGGUGCCAGCUUAGCGCUCCGUGAUUUAUCCCAAACUCCCCUAACCCCCGCGGGAACAGGAGAAAAACGACUCCUGUUUUUUUACUUUCCCGAAUUAAACGCAAUUUUUUUUUUAUAUAGCUUUGCGAUAUUUUACACGGACUUUGCUGUAAUGACACCCGGAGGUUUGUGCGUUUUAUUAGCACGCGUUUCUAUUUAUGAUGCGGCUUUUUGUAAGCGAGGGACGCCCGCCUCGACCUCGGUCUAGUAGUGGCUGGGAAGAUGUCGUAGACCCAAUGUAGUUUUGUAGAAUUUCGUCAAUGACAAAACAUAGGUGACAUCAUCAUCACGGUGCCCAAACAAGCGUUGAUUUGAUCUUAGCUCUGAUCAGUAGUGGCAUGAAUAGGACUUUUAUUUAAAUAACUUUUAUACGCUGCCUCAAGGCUUCUUAUUAUUAACGGCUCGUCUGUGGAUUCUACUUUUAUAUCCCACACUUGCGCUGCAGUAAUUUAUGAUCGAUGUAAUAAAACAUGUAAUUGCCGAUGUAUAGUUUUAAAUUGCAGCUUUAAAGCCAUGUUUAGGGAUCCGGCUCAGGACCUAUGAUCCCGCUGUUUGGAGGUCUUGUGGAAACUGCUUCCUUCUUGUUUCACCAGCCUCAAUUUAUACACAGCUGUGACCAAUCAAAGAGAGGGGGGGUGGGGUGGGUAGGUCAACAGGAAGUGAGUCGUCCACAGGAAAUUACAGCAUUUCCAAGUAGAAUGUAGAAUUCAAAAACGUAUCAGCACGUGCGAUGUCACGCAAUCGUUAAUGUUUUGCCACACGGACCAAUUGUGUUUUUCAUCGGGCAAGCCCGGAUUAAGUUUUUGGGGGACUGUUAUAGUUUUGGAGGUGUGCCCCCUCGUAAAUUCAAUCCAUUCCCUGUUUCAACACCACGACAUGCCUGGUGGCAAACCCUCCAUUGUUAUUCACCUUGGUUUUUUCAGUUGUAGUUUUCAAACAUGAUAUAUAUAAAGACGAAAUAUAUAUGCGCAAAAAUAAACGUUAAAACUAACAAAACUAUUUCAAUCCGGCACAUAAACCGUAACACCCACAGUAACACUAUAGCUUCAAGUACCAAAUUACACCGUCGGACUUACCGUAGUGCUACUGUUUUGCAUUUCACAAUGUAUGUUUGUCGGGCAUUCUCUCAAAGUCGGAGGCUCCAGGCUGCCAGUGGGCUCGGUUUGCGUUUUUUCUUCCCCCGCUGCCCACUCUCCCCACCGCGUGCCGUUAAACAAGCGGAAACGUUUCAUCGGCGCCAUUUGGACGAGGAUUUUUGUUCGCGAAAACUCGGCACGCCAGAUUUGUUCACGACAAAAACUCGCGCUCGGGCGAACGCCGACUUGUAGAAUAACAACGGGGUGUUAUUUAUUUUUGGCUCUUUAGAUAACUGCGAUCGGACAUUUGUCCAUGUGUGUAUGAUAUUCCCAACCCACUUGCUGGGAUUUGAAUGGGGAGGAUGAUAGCCCACACGGAGACGAUGAUGCCAGUUUCUAUCAAAUAUUCGGCAAUCAGCGUCUGGUAAUUUUGUAGCAUCUCCCCGCCGGUGGUGGCACAAUCACUUUUAACAAUUCACCCGCUUAAAUCCACCUAACCGUUGACAGAACUACCUUCCAAACCAUUGACUCCCGGGGUUGCGGUUGAUCAAGUUUUUCCAAAACGCCCAUCGAUGACCGGUCGACGUUUGCGUCGCGUCUUCCUUCGCACGCCCACGGGGGGGGUGGGGGGGAGGGGGCGGUGAGGAGAGCUCGGAGCGGAUCGUUACCGUGGGGUCGCGCUGGACUCCGGGCGCCGUCACCACGCCAGGGGUGUGCGCGUGUGGACCCACCUGGGAAUGGGGCCUCUUGGGGAAUAAAUCCCGAGAUCUCUAAA